CAAUAAAAUCUGUUGAAUGGUUUUGUAAUUCACAUUUUGGCUAAAUAAUAGAAUGAGUGGAUCCGAGAAUUAAGGGAGGAGGAGAAGUUACAAUUUUUUUUUCCAUCAGUGAAUUUCCAUUACUACCAUAAGAAAGAUACAUGGUGAAACACUAAAGCCGGCGGAAAACAUGGAUAUCCCUAGAAACUAAACCCAAACAGGGGAGCUAUAACCCAAACAUACGGGUCUCUUGUACGAAAUACUGGAACAUCAACUAACCUCUUACAUUACUUCAAAAAUCCAGAAGUUAAACAUCAGUAGAUAACAGAACAAAGACUUAAUUGCCUAUGAUUAGCCGGAUAUCUUACUACGAACUGAGUAAGAGAACACGCAACGCUGGUCAUGAAAAGCAGAGACCACAUCUGAACCUCCUGUUCGAGAUGACAACACCAGACCACAAAGACCUCAUCUGAACCACUUGUUCACGAUGACAACAACCAAACCACAACUCCAUAACCCAAGCACAUAACCAGGGGGAAACAACACCCGAGAAAUUCCAUCUUCAAUCGCUCCUUCAUCUGGACACCUUCACACUUCAACCUCAUUUUAUUGCUUCACGAGUUGAAGCCACCGAGGAACAGACGACCAAAAGAAAACCAGGAACACUUAUUUUAAAGAGCGAGAAGAGGAUACCUUUAAAAUAGGGCGAUGAAGAUAUGAUGUGAACCUAACUUUAUCUCAAAACCCAAAAACCUUCAACUGCUCUCACAACACCUUGUAACUGCUACACCGUUGCAGACUCAAAGACAACCAAGACUAACUCUAAAACCCAAGACAGAUUAACCGGAUUCAACCCCUAACAAAGAAUCGCAACACUACCCAAAAUCGCAUCACAACAGAGACACCAAGGCUUGGACUUUUACCUCGCUAAGAGACGCAGAUGGAGACCGGAGAAAGGAACAAACCUUUAACACCGACUACAAACACUCUACGCACCCAGAACUACAAGAGGACCACAGAUCUGAGAUACCAAGUGUUCUAUCAGACACUCUUCAGAACACGGGACAUGGGAGCAACUCUAGAAAGAAAGAGGAGAAGAGAUCUAAGAGAAGAAAGGGAGAAGACACAGAUUCAAGGACGAGACCCGGCGACUGCGAGAGACGGCGGCCACCAAAAUAGGUUUUCUCACGAGAGCGUUUUCUGA